AUUUUGAUUAAUAAUGAUAUCAUAUCCAGUAUUAUUAUUUUAUUAUUCAAUAUUGCUUGAGAAGACUUCCUAAAAACUCCAGCUUUCUUUUGCACAUUCGUUGCAGGAACCGGUCGAUAUUACUCACACAAGAGGCAGACAAGAAGUCAUAUACUUUUAUUCAUUAUGAGCGAAUUGGACGAGUUGGAUCUCUUGGAUAUCCAAGCUGAUAUUCAGGCUCUUGAUGAAGUUUUAGCUUGGUCUGCGAAAAAAAAAUCCCAGCAACAUGUUAGCAACAAUCAACAAUCUGACGUUUCAUCGAAUGUCGACGUUGAGAACGACGAUGACUGUGUCAACUAUCUCCAAGUGAAUCAAGAAAUUGAAAACUCUCUAAAUGCUUACGAGAUUAAUACAAGAUUGAUUUCGGGCUUGACGAUAGCUAAGAAGAAAUUGACUGCUCUGUUGGAAGAGUGUGAGCAGAAGAUAAGUCUACUGGACGAGAAGUGGAAGAAAUCCACGGAUGAGUCGAGCUCAAAUUUCAAAUUGGCAAUCAGUAAUGCUGGUAUACCAUACUUCAAAGACAAGGAUUAUUUCGGUGCUCCCAAGAAUAUUGAUACUAAGCGAAAGGAAGCUGCCGGUGAGGUGUUCCUUUUGAAUUUGAAAAAGCCUAACCGUUGGUCAGGAAAAGACAGAGAAAUGCUUUUAAGUGCCAUAAACAAUCAAGCUAUCGAAUCUGUAUUGUCUGGAGGAUUCAACAAAGAAAUUGAUGAGUCGACAUCUAAUGAUCAAACUAAGAAAACUACAUUAGUGAUUCCCAGAAACUUUAAUGAGAUGGUGGGGCCGUUGGGUGCGAGAGAAUUCGAUUGGCACAAGAUUUCUGUUAUGGAUUUCGACAAUAAACAUUCACCAGGUGAAUGCAGGGCUAUGUGGAAUGUUUACCUGCAUCCUGCUUUCAAGAAAAGUGAAUGGACAAAUGCAGAAGAUAAGAAACUGCUGAAAUGUAUUAGAGAAUAUAAAUGUCAAGAUUGGGAUGCUAUUGCGCAAAAAUUAGGCACAAACCGUAGCGCGUAUCAAUGUUUUAUCAGAUAUAAUACUAUCAAAAAAGUACCGUUAGCUGGACAACCAUGGACCAGACAGGAGGACAAACAUCUUAUAAAAAUUAUAAACGCAAUCAAGAUCGGAGACUAUAUUUCUUGGUCCGAUGUUGCUAAUCAUUUUCGACACAGAACCAAGCAACAAAUUUACGUACGAUGGACGUAUAGGAAAGCACCGCAUUUGAUAAAAGGUAGAUUCAGUCGUCAGGAAACAUUAACUCUCCUGAAAGCGGUGCAGAAGUAUGGCAUGGACUUUUGUAAAAUUUCAACCACCGUAAUGUCACAUCGAACUUCGGUACAACUCCAAGAGCGUUACCAUACGGUGGUAUCCAAUAUCUAUAAUCGAUACAAUAUUUGGACACUCAAUGAUGAUAUGAUGUUAAUUAAUCUACAGUUGCAAUAUAGUAACGAUUGGUCCAGAAUAGCCAAGUAUUUUUCUGAUAAGACAAGAACACAAGUAAGACACCGAUAUAACGCAUUACUAAAAUAUAUAGCAAAGGGUGUCAGUCUUGAAACUAUACCUAGACUGCCUCUUACAAUUUCCAAUAAAAGAAAUUUUAUUAAUAAAAAAUCAUCAUCCAAUAAAACACUAAAAAGACAUAUUAAAAAUUCAAUAUUUGAGAUGCAACCUGUUGUAAAUAUUUUUGAUAUUCAAUUAAGAUUAUAUGAAGCUCUUUGUUUUCCACUUUCAAUUAAAUCUAAUAAUUCUGAAGAACUUUACAACAUUGAACAGCUUAUACGUGAUACUAAAAAAUUAUACAACACAUUAAAUUUAUUAAACGCCAAUCUUGAUAUUCCAGAUGAUUUUCUGAAUUAUGUGCAGUUGAAUAAUAAAGAGAAACAACUUUUAAUUUCUUUAAAAGAAUAUUUAAACGUAAGACAUGUACAGAGUAAUGAACUGAUAGAAAGAUAUAGUAUACGAAUGUUCGGUUGUGCCCCACAAGUUAAUGAAGAUGAUUUUUUUAUACCACCACUUCCAUUUGAUGGACAUGUAAGGCUCAGAAAAAUAAUUAAAAAUCAAAAAAAUACUAUAAACUAUAAUUUAGCCAUUAAUGAAAAAUUUCUUAUUGAUAUACCUGCAGAUUUCUCUAUAAUUCCCUCCGUAUUUCCUUUUAUUAAUAUUGAGGAAGAAAUUCAGUUUCACAAAUUUGGUCAGUUCUUAACAAGUGACUACCACAAUUUUUUAGAGCAAAAAAAUUUAGAUUUAUAUAAAUCAAUAAAAUGUAUCUUUUGUUUUACUAAAAAAACACAGAUGUCAAAAGAGACUUUAUUAGAACACAAUAGAUUGAAUGUGAAUUCAGAAAUAAGUUUGGAAGAUUAUGAACAAGUGGAAUUAAAUGAGUCAAAGAAAGCUGAUAAAUCAGAGGUAAGUUUGGAAGCUUAUGAACAAUCGAAAUUAAACAAGUUUAACAAGGAAACUACUAGUGUCAAAGAAGACGUUGAAGAUGUAAAUAUGGAUAAUAUAAUUCCGCCAAAUCAAGCGACUUUGAUAGGUAUAAAGAAUUUAUUUCUUUGGAAAUUAUUGUACGACUAUCAACACGAAUCUCAUCUACGAUGUGAAUUGAUGGCAUCAAUUGAAAAUGAAUUAAAAUCAAAACGUAAUGCGACAAAUUCUGAAUUUAUGGAAAUGGAAAGCGCUGAAUAUCAGCUACUGCGAGUUCGCCUACGGCAAUUAUUUGAACUUCCAAUAGGUUUGUCGAACACUAUACUGGAAGUGCAAGGGCCAGAAGCAAUAUUUUUAAAAGAUAAACCGACUCAUCGAAUUAUUUCAACAAAAAGAAAGUUUGAAGACGAUAGUGAAGAUGAAAAUACAGAAAUAAAUCCUUUAGAACUAAAUAAAAAAAAUAAUUCAAACGUUCCAACUGAUAGCAAUUCUCAACUCAACUUGGACAUUGCAUUGACAAACCUUCCUAGAGUACGUAGCUGUAAAAUAGUUAAGAAAAAAUAUAAAAUCACUAGAAAAUAACGCAAAAUUCUGGAUGUCAUUCAAAUCAGUAUCGAAAUAUUUGUAGGAAGCAUUAAAGUUUUAUUUAUCUCCAAA